AGAUCUCGACGAGUAAACUGACCAACACCGGCAAAUCGCGCACCAAUAACUAUCUGAACAAUAACAACAACAUGAGCGGCAAUAACGGCAUUAACCGACGCGGAGGGGGUAAUGGCGGCGGUGGCGGACCCAUGAGGGGCCGACAGCAGCCAUACCAGCGUAACAAUCAGUACAACAACUCGCGAGGCGGCGGAGGAGGCGGUGGUUAUAACCGAUACGGCGGCGGUGGAGGAGGCGGUGGCGGAUACUCUAUGCCGCCGAUGAACGCCAACAGUUACGGCGGUGGGGGUCCGGCCAUUGGCGGCGGCGGUGGUGGCCCUCCCUAUUACGACGACAUGCAAGCCUAUCAGCCCUAUCAGGACCCCUAUGGCUACCCCGAUGUGGGCGGCGAUCAGUAUUAUGGCGGCGGCGGCGGUGGUGGCGGCCGACCAGUCGGUGGCGGAUCCAUGUAUGACACACAACCCAUGUAUGGC